AUGGUGUUUGUCUUACUCUUCUGCUGCAUCAUUCUCUUCAACCCUGUCAUUUGCGUAAGGCAACAGCCGCCGGCAUCCGCUCCAACAAUUGCCUCAGCUCCGGUUCCGACGCCUAUACCACAGCCGUCGACGGCGGCUUCGAAUCCUCGGAUCAGGACCUUAUGUGCAAAAACUUUCUACCCCCGUCUUUGCAUAAGGUCCAUUGAACCAUUCUUCAAUGGCAAAACAGACCCACAAUCCGUGGCCGUAAUGUUGAUAAAAGCCAUGAGUGAGCGUUCCAAAAGGGCGAUUAAAACUGCAACAAAAAUGGCUGCUGACCCUUUAUACUCCGAUGAUCCGAUGUUAGUGUCGGAAUUUAACGGCUGCCGUCAACAGUACGACGAUGCUUUGGUGGCUUUGAAAGAAGCCAUGGAUGCGGUUCUGGUUCGUGAAAUCGAAACAGUCGAAACCAAGGUUUCUCAAGCCCAGGACGAUUACGAAAUCUGUGACAAUGGUUUUACGAGGCACCCGGAUAAUACUAUUACUGACGGAGUCUCUCCAAUGGCGAAGAUUAAUGAAAAACUUACAAAUAUCGGUGACGUUAUCACUGACAUAAUACCAAAGAUACUGACAUAA